UCACUGGGCCUUUUUUUGGCGUAGUACAUCGAGCCGACACAAUUUUUUCGGCGCACAGAAUUUAUGUAUAUUUUUGAAGCUCCUGCCAACUACCACCACCAACACCGCGACUUUGUAUUUUUCCACCUUUUUUGUUGGUUGAACGUUUUAGCAUUCAUUACUAUUUUACUAUACACACGCACACUAAUCAAAUGUCUGAAAUCGAGAACCAGAACGCCGCCGCCACCGGGAACCAGGAGGAGAUUGUCGAUAGCCCCGACAUUCACUUCGAGCCCAUUGUCAAGCUUGAGGAUGUUGUCGUCAAGACGCACGAGGAGGAUGAGGAGCCCAUCUUCAAGAUGCGUUCCAAGCUGUUCCGCUUCGAUUCUGAGGGCAGGGAGUGGAAGGAGCGCGGUACCGGAGAUGUCAAGCUCCUUAAGCACAAAGAAACCGGCAAAAUUCGCCUGCUGAUGCGUCGCGACAAAACCCUCAAGGUCUGCGCCAACCACUACAUCACCGAUGACAUGGUUCUGUCGCCUAACGUCGGCUCUGAUCGCAGCUGGGUCUGGAACGUUGCUGCCGAUUUCGUUGACGAUGAGGUCGAGCGCCAGCUUCUGGCCAUCCGCUUUGGUAACUCUGAGAACGCCAACAAGUUCAAGGAGGCUUUCGAGACUGCCCGCGAGAGCAACAAGAAGUUCGCUUCGGCUGAGGCUAAGGAGGAGUCCGAUGCUGAGGAGUCCGAUGCUGAAGAGUCUGACAGCGAGGAAGAGGCUGAGGAGGAGGCCAAGGUCAAGGAGAACAAGGACUAAGGUUUUGCAUUUAGCAUUUCCCUUUCCAUUCUCUAUCUUUUUACCUUGUCAUUGAGUUUUUUAUCCGUUAUAAAUACAAACAAAUUUGGUUCCUUUGUUCUAUUUGAAUACAUUGCUUGUUUUGCCAUGUCCUAUCUGGGCUAUCUUUUAAUUUAGAUUCAUCAAAC